UCGCAGUUCGAGACAAGAUCUGGCCCCGUCAAGAUGUUCAAAAUUCUCAGUGAAGCCGUCGUGAAGAAUCUGCCGGUCGGCAAGCAGCUGGCCAAGGGUGGACGACCCUACUCGAGCAAGGGCGGCAAGGACGCCGGGCUGACGGACUUUAGCCAGAAGAAAGACUGCGUCCAGAAAGCCUGCGAGGACCGCUCCACCAAGAUGCCGGAACCGCCGUCCAGCUGCGAAAAGGCCGCAAGCCCCAAGACCUGGCGAGCCUGUCCGGAGCCCCCAAAACCCAAAGAGUUCUCCUGUGACGACACCCUGCAGCAAAAGGUCCCCCGGAGAAUCAAGCGGCCAGUUGCGUCACGGCCAGCCUGCUCCAAGCCGGCGCCCAGCCUGGAAGCGCCCGAGUGCGUCAAGGUCAAGAAGGAGCUCUGCCCACGCGCCAUGAUGCCCGGCUGUGGCAAGGCCAAAAUCCCACCCCGUUGCGAGCCUAAAAAGGUCGUCCGGAACUGUAUCAAGGCGAAGCCCCCCGUAGCGUCCUUCUCCGAGUGCUACAAGAACCCGUUCCCGCCGCAGCCCCGCUCCGAGUGCAACUGUCUGUCGAUGCCCAAGAUUUGUUAGAAGAAGAAGGAUUCAGAAGAAAAGCAGGAGAAGGUGGUUUGCGCGCGUUAUGAAAUUAGAACGAACAGGAAAUUCAAAGUAGAACGGUAGCGAGCAGUUCACGUUUAUUUGAUAGAUAUUUUCCACGUAAUGUACAAAUUGAUGAAAGAAAAGUAGCUUAUACAAUACAAAUUUGAAAUGCA